AGCCGUAGCAAACGAGGAAAGAAUUUCCGCCUUCGUAACGUACGUUCUCCUUCUGGAGAAGCGCCAACCUUCUUCUGCAUUGACCCGUUGAGCGUUUCAAAUUUCUACCUAUUUUACCCAUAUCGGAGUUAUCCCUUUCCUAUUCUUCCUAAUCGCAGUGAAAAAACUAGUUGCAAACCUUGUUAGCUCUGUGCAGCAACCAGCAUGUUUCACCAAAGUAAAUCGUUUUCACCACUCUUAUCUAUCCCGAAUCUCUGGGAAGCCUCGAUGUAUCUUAGGCCUUCUUCAUCUGUCAAAACCAUUUGUGGACUCCCCACAAAAAAAAUUCCGUAGUUUCAAUCUCGGUCCUUUCUUUUCGCUGAAACAGAAAGGAAGCAUGGCGGUUUCUGCGUUUAAGUCGACGUCCAAACGAGGGAGCUUCCUGCAAAAGGAUGGUGGUGGUGAUGGCGAUUCAGCUAGGUCGAAUCCUGACGAGCUGGGGAAGAAGACGGUCAUGAGGAGGUCUCGGAGCGUUAGCGCGUUUCCUCGCGACAGGUCAAUUGAUCUUUCGCGGCCGAGUCCCUUAGAUUUCGCAAAUAAGAGGGAUAAUCCUCUCUUCGGCUCGACCAGUUCGAGUCCGGAGUCGCCCAAGUCGAUGGACGUGGUCGGAAUCAGGGGAAUGGCAGAUACCCUGGAUAGUGGGAUGGGUCGAGCGAUUAGUGGGGCGUCUAGUAGUAGACCUGGUUCUAGUUCUGGGCUCGUUGGUGACGGAGAGAGACGCGGACGGUCCGUCUGCAGGAGGGAGCCUUUCCGUGCCGGUUCUGUGAAGGCGCCAAGUCGGAGCGUUUCGAGGGUAGAUACAGGGAGAAGACAGCGUUCUGUUUCUCGCGGCCAUUACGGAAAUCCUGAGCGGUCUGCGCAAACAUCAGAUUCAGAAGAAAGUGUAUCCGCAAUUCCUUACAGUCAUGCAGAAGAGAAGACGAUUAAGGCGGUAUUCGAACAAAUGAAGACUUUUCAGCAUGAUCAUCCUACCGGCGAUGCUGGUGCUCUUGGCAUACAUGAAACUGUUAGGUCUGAAGUUAGGCGUGCUGUUUUUGAAGUCAGGCAGGACCUUGAAAAUGCUAUAUGGAGAAAUCCCAAUUUGUAUGCUUCUGAUAUUGCUAAUGCAGCUUCGAAACUGGUCAGCCCAGAUGGAGUUGAAUUAGUUUCUGAUAUUAGGAAGGACUAUUCUGCAAAGCUUGCUGAGUCCCAGGAGCGUACAAGGAAUCUCAAGGCAGACCUUGCCAUUGAAGAGCAGCGCAGCCAAGAGCUUAGUAGGAUUCUGAAGGAAGUUCUUCCUGAGCCAAAGGCAGCAGGAAGGCAAAAGCCUCAAACUAAAAGAAAGACCAGCAUGGAACGCAAGAAAAUGUCCAGGCGCCUCGAGGAAGAUGCCUUGAACUAUUUUGAUGAAUGUGUAUCCAUUUCAACAUUUGACAGCUCAGAUUUGUCAUGCCCAGAGGAGUCAACACACAGCAGCAGUGCUGUUGUUGCUCUUACUGAUGGAAGGAAACAACAUCCUUGUGAUGGUGCAAGUUCAUCAGAUGGACCCCUUUUCCUUUACGAGGUGUUGAACGAGCAACCUCAGAAUUGGCUGAGUGACCGAUGCAAUGAUGUGGUUGGCCUGACAACAGGACAACCAGGGAAUUUUCAGUUCUCUAUCGCACGUGAUGCAUCAGAAAAAGGGGAGAGCACCAAUGUCAUACGAAGUCUCAUCAAGCAGUUUGGAAAAGAAACUGAAGAUGAGACAGUUGCUAAAUGUGUGCGGACAAGUUAUGAUGAGGAUCACUAUCAUCUAGUAGAGGUUGCAGAACGUCUGCUAUUUGAGAAAGUAAUCUUCAGGAACAGAAUAAACUCAGGAGGGCUGCUACUUUGCUCUGAUAGCAUCUUUUAGGACUGCUGCUGCUGCAAUUUCGUUACUCUUGUAGUUCAUGAUGCCAAGGAUUGCAUUUUCUUUUAUGGAAGUGCUUUUUUGAUGCCUUGGGUCAGUCAAGUGACGAGGGAAGUAGUUAUUUAUGUGGGCACGUGCACGCGUAUAUGUGGAUCUAUGUGGGAUAUAAAUUGUUUGGAGAAGUGUGUGGAGAUAAACAGUUAUGAAUUGCUGACAUCCACCAUAGGAUAGCGGAUGCUUUUCUGGCCUUCCUGAUUGCGUUUUCUCUCUUGGCCAAGGCAAAUUGAAGCCAGUGAUCCAAUACAUUGAUGUUCAGUAAAGAAUCCUUCCUGCAGGAAAUGCGUUGCCCUUUCUCAGGUCAUCUGCGGGGUCUACAAUUUGUUUGCAUUGGAAGGGUGGGGAAGCUUUUCAAACGCGAGAAAGAACGUGCCUCAAGUUUUUUGGUCAAUCAUGGAUCAUCUCUGCUUAGAUCUGAAGGAUGGUUGUGAAUAGCGCUCGCUAACUAAAUACAUUUGUAUUCAUCUGCAAUCUGCAUACAUGUCACAAGGAUAUGCUCUGGAGUGCACAUUGUUGUGAAUUAUCUUUUUCAAUUCUAUUGGUAGUAAAUAGUUUGAUACAUUGGCGUGCUUAUGUACAAGUGUUGUUAAAAUUG